AUGAUGACCAGUUCAAAUGGGAUCCCGCUCGCACCACUAACACUCCCAACACCACGCCAGAUAUCACAACCGCGCAUCAACUCGCCGGCACGCCUCAACCACCUCCACCAUCAACUCCACAUCACCAACCAUUACAAAUUCCUCCAGACGCAAGCUAAGCCCGCGACAAUCCAGGUUUUACCAAAGACCACACCCACAACCACCACAUCAAGCUUCGAGAUCCCCACGCAGUCGGAACCAGUCACGUCGCCCAUCACUUGCUCGUCGCCAUGGUCCGAUCAGAACUUGUCCUUCUCACCGCAUGAACCACCCUAUAUCCCAGAUUCACCGCCUCCGCCACAACCACAUCCCCCCAUCCAUAACUACACCCACCAUGCUCACCAUGCCCAAAACCAAAACCAGAAUCAGCAUCUACAGCCAUCGAGGUUGCGCUAUGCUAGAACGAGCGACGUCUUCACUGACUACGUCGAACACCGCUACGCGCGCUUCCGCCCCGCGCAAUCGCAGCACAACAACGAGAUGGUAAUGGCGAACCAGCACCCGUUCCAAGCAGAGGAGUACGGGGCUCGACAACGCACGAUAUACGAGAGCAUCGCGUCCUGGUUCGCCAACCUCGCAAAACCGCCCCAGCGCGACAUCGAAAUGGGCCACGCCCAAGCACCCCAAACUGAUGAUGAGGAAGGGGAGGAGGAGAAGAGCCCGCUGUGCGCUGCAACGUUCACUCACCGCGACAUCAAUGGCUCCAACCCCGGUUCAGGGACGGGGUCACCGGCUGUUGAACCGGUGUAUACGCCCCGCGGCAUCCCUAUCAAUGAGUACCCUUUGAACUUCCAUAAGCUGCUGCAAGCGAUGGACAACAUGGGCGAAGAAAAUGAGCGCCGCACCGCGAUUGUCAACUCCUUCGAUGAAGAAGUGCGCGAUUUGGUUGACGGCACCGAUAAUUUCCUCACGAGUUGCAUCGAUGGCAUUUGGGUGUUUGCGAGUGGGGUCUAUUCCACUUGCAUCGAUCCGUUUAAUGAAUGA